AUGCAUCCAGAGGAUGAAUUUUUACAAAAUUAUUUUUCAAAGGAUGUCGUGUAUCAAUUUCCAAAAAAGUUUAAUACAUCUAAAAUACCUGUAGUAUUGAAAAGAGAACUGUUAGAUGCGUUCAUGAGAUGCUUAUUUAAAAUUGUCAUCUGCUAUUGCAUAAAUGAAAAGUCAGAAUUUUCUCAAGAUUUGAAGAGAACAGUGAUACAACAAGUAAUAACCUAUUAUUCAGUGAUUGAAAAAGAAAUUUUAGACACCAAUCAACAGAUGGCAAAAUCGAAUAGAAUACCACGUUCCCACAAAGCAAACUUUCUACUAUCUAUAUGGGACCUGAAGGCACAAACUCAACUACUAAUGGCACAACACUUCCUUUCAAAGGAUGAGGCAAAUUCUAUGGUAACAAGUUCAGUAUUGCUGUUGCAGAAAUGUUUGCAUUGUAAAGAUUCACUCUUAUUCAUACUUGAAGAGGACGGUAAAAAACCAAAGCAACACUCUCAAAGCACAGAAAGUGAAAACUCAGAGACCACUAGCUUUGAUUUCAGAUUUACACUUGUUGACACAUGCUAUCAAACAUCUGUCAGAAGCUCUUCAAUUUGGAAGCACCUGGCAGAGUGUUAUUUGUAUUUAGGAAUGGAGUUAUGCUACCAUAGAAGCUCUUAUUUUUCUCGUAGUCUCACAAGAAUCAAUUCUCUAUUCAACAGUCUUGCAACAAAGAAUUCUUAUUCUAAGGAAAAGAUUCAUACAUUUCCUGAAGAGGAGUUGACAAAGCAUACUAUUGAAGAAUGUUAUUUAUCAAACAUUUCCAACGAGCUCGAUACAAUACCUUUUCCAACAGUCGAGGAUGCCAUUGCUUUCGAUAAGAAAUUUGCUGAGGUUUAUUUAUUCAAUGUAAAGACAAUUCAUUCAAUUUUGAGCGAGCAGCGAGGAUUAAAAUCAACGGAGGAUAUUGAUGAUUCAUUGAUUAAGAGAGGAGACGAAGACGAUGAUGAGGACGCACCAAGAACAUUUGAUGCAUCUCAAUUAUAA